UAAUAAGAACCCAAAACUGCGACUCGUAUCUUCUCCGUCCGUCCCUCAAAAGCGGCAGCAGGAGCACCACUUCUCCGCCAGUCUUCACUGUAAACCGGACCUUCGUCAGGAUUGUUGCUGUAUUCUCCGUCAGUUGUGAUACCAAGCAGAGGACAAGAUGCAAAUGCAAGUUGUGCCAAGAGAGGGCGAAAAUGCUUUGUCUGUGUCUGGUCCAAGGCCAAUGGAAUGGUCUACUCAAGCACCUGGAAAGCAGCGGACAUCAAGUUUGGAAUCACCAAUAAUGUUGUUGGCUGGUCAUCAGAGUGCUAUAUACACAAUGAAGUUCAAUCCGGCUGGGACUGUUAUUGCAUCUGGAUCUCAUGACAGAGAAAUUUUCCUAUGGUAUGUGCAUGGGGAAUGCAAAAAUUUCAUGGUUCUAAAGGGGCACAAGAAUGCAAUAUUGGAUCUUCACUGGACUACUGAUGGAUCCCAGAUAGUAUCAGCCAGCCCUGAUAAAACUGUGAGGGCAUGGGAUGUUGAGACAGGCAAACAAAUUAAGAAGAUGGCUGAGCACUCCUCCUUUGUGAAUUCUUGCUGUCCUUGCCGGAGGGGGCCUCCUCUCAUUGUCAGUGGGUCUGAUGAUGGAACUGCAAAACUUUGGGAUAUGCGUCAGAGGGGUGCCAUUCAAACAUUCCCCGAUAAAUAUCAAAUCACUGCUGUCAGCUUUUCUGAUGCGUCGGAUAAGAUUUAUACAGGUGGUAUAGACAAUGAUAUUAAGGUAUGGGACUUGCGCAAAGGUGAGGUUAUCAUGACACUUCAAGGCCAUCAGGAUAUGAUCACAGGUAUGUCAUUGAGUCCAGAUGGAUCCUAUCUACUUACAAAUGGCAUGGACAGCAAGCUCUGCAUCUGGGAUAUGCGCCCGUAUGCACCGCAGAGUCGCUGUGUAAAGGUCUUUGAGGGGCACCAACACAACUUUGAGAAAAACUUGUUGAAAUGUAGCUGGUCUCCGGAUGGAAGCAAGGUCACUGCUGGGAGUUCAGAUCGGAUGGUUUACAUAUGGGACACAACUUCUCGCCGCAUCUUGUACAAGCUUCCUGGCCACACUGGAUCUGUGAACGAGUCUGUCUUCCAUCCAACUGAACCUAUUGUUGGAUCUUGUAGCAGCGAUAAACAGAUCUAUCUUGGAGAGAUCUGAAUCCUACCUUUUCCAUCAGCAAUGCUUUCCGAAUCAGUUUUAGAGACCGUAAUGAAAUGUAUUUUGCUGAAAUUAUGACUAAUUCUUAGAAAAUUUGUUGUUAAUUUGAAGAUAAUUUCUUGCUAGAAAUGAGCAAAAACUUAUUGCAUUUGGGUGCAGCCAUGCAGGUUA